UCAUGCUGCUGCCAGUCCAGAGUCAAUCAUGGGUCCCUGUACGCUCCCGUCCCAUUGCUGUGCUGUCCCAUCGCCCACAGUACACCCUCUGCCAUGUGCCACUUUCAGGUCUCCUCACACUGCUGGUGUGUUCCAUUUUUUUUGUCAUAGGGUGCUGGCAGAUUACGGGCCUCCCAUAGCUGCUGCCAGGCCCCUAAUCUGCCAUGGGGCCCCUAUACCCCGCCUCCAUCAUGCUGCUGCCAAGUCCAGAGUCUCUCAUGGGUCCCUGUACGGCCUCCCAUUGCUGCUGUCUCCAUCGCCACACUCUGCCAUGUGCCACUUUCAGGUCUCCUCACACACUGCUGUGUGUGUUUACAUUUUUUUG